AGGAGUUCAUAAAUUUCCUAUCAAAGUCCAAAGUCUAAAGCUAUAUACUUUUAUUAUGUAGCAAUUUUAUUUUUUUGGCAAGCUAAUCAAUGUAUUCAGUAGCAUGUCAUGCGACCCGAAUAUACAAGUUAGGAUAUAACAGGAUUAAUACUUCGCCAUCAUACAAGAAAGAGACAGUCAUGAAUUUCAGGAAUAUCAUGAAUAUUGGGAGAAAACUAUUAUGCGACGUAAGGAUUCACAAAGUAAAUCAACUAACCCGACAUUUCAGUUGUAAUCAAAUCAGAUUGUCUUCUUCAAAGCUUCAUGUGUGUCCUCGUAUUGGAUUAUCAGAUCAAUGUCUGGAUAUAAGGGCUGAUGGGCUAGCAGCCGGGCAAACGGUGGAAUUACGUUCAACGGUUUCCACUGAAUGUGGGAGAUAUGAGUUCGAAGCUCAUGCUCAGUAUACGGCGAACGAGAAGGGGGAAAUAUCAGUUAAUGACGACCCUUCGGAAGGAGGCACAUUCACAGGAAUAGAGCCAAUGGGAUUACUUUCAAGAGUUCAGUCAUUACCUGUGCAUGCUGCCAAGUACCCAAGGCUAUAUAUAUUCAAACCAACCAAUCCUUUGGUCUAUACAAUCUCAAUGUAUGAUACAGACAGUGGCAAAAGCAACAGUAUCCAGCAAGAAGAGUUGGACUCUGUCAUUGUUGAAAGACACUUUGUUGCUCCGUACGUCGAGCAUAGUUUCGUUGAAUGUGGCAGGGCGAUGGGGACACUUUACUUGCCGAAGAAAGCUAACCAGUCCUCCCCUGUACCUCUUGUCAUCGAGAUGCCUGGAUUAGGACCAACCUUUGCUCGUGAUAGAUUCCCUCUCCUUGCCUCACAUGGUUUUGGAGUUUUCGAGUUCGAUUACUUCCAGUCACUAAAGGACGAUCUCCAGAAUCACGGUAAUGCCUACUUGAAUUGCCGAUUAUUGAUAGUAAGUUCUUUUAUCAAAACUUAUCAGGAAAAUGUAAUUAAAGCGUUGUGUUUUCCCCGGGAACAUCCAGAUAUAGACGAGAAUCGAAUUGGAUUAAAUGGUACUUGUUACGGUGGAACACUGGCCUUGAACGCAGUGUCUCGAAUCCCCGACCUUCCGAUCCAGUGUUUGGGUGUCCAAAGAUGUAUUGACUUUCUUGCCACGCACGUCGGUCUUGAGACUAUCGAUGGGAAUAUAAUUGAACCGGCAGGACCUAUUGGUUUAUACACCCGCAUAACAAAAAGAGAUGGCGAGGAGUGGUUCGAGUUUGAUUUCGAUCACAUGGUUCAUCAUAUUGAUUACAGAGCAGACUUCAUCCCACCAGUAGAAGACAUAUCGAUACCAACACUGUUAUUGGUUAGUGGUGAUGAUCAACAAUGCGCUUCAGAAAAGUGUCUAGCAAGGGUUGCAUCUCGUAUUCACAGUGCAGGAAACAGCAAUCUUCUGGAAACACAUUACUUUGAAGGAGCUGGCCAUCUUCUAGAUUCACCCUACUUCCCUCUCUGUCGUCAAUCUAAAGUUUAUAUGCCGAAUAUUGAUGGAGCCAAGCUGGUAAAUUGGGGUGGUGACCCAGCUCUUCAUGCAAGGGCUCUGGUGAAAUCGUGGCAGAAAACAAUCAGUUUCUAUCAACGUCAUCUCAGACCAGAGGAAGAUUGGAGACAAGAUUGGCAUGAUUAAUCUUCAUACAACAAUAGCGGUACAAAGAAUACUAACUGAAAAAAUAUAUGAAAAGACUACAGCUACUACUACUACUACUACUACUACUACUACUACUA